CUUCCGUCAUCGCGGGAGAAACGUCACGUGACCUGGCUAGUUCCACCGUCUCUCUGGGAGCUAAAAACAAACUCGGUCGGCGCAUGACUUUGCAGCUUCUCAGCCGAAUCUUCGCUUUUUAUACUUAUAACGGACGAUAUUACUGCGUGAUCAUUGGCAAAAAUACGAGAUUAGUGAUUUCAAAACUCAUUGAACCCGAGUUAGCUAGCUAGGUUUGCUAGCAUUGCAGCGUUUCCUCAACGCGGUGAAGAAAACGGUUUGAACCAAGAUGAACAUCGAGAACACGAAUCAGGCUCUUUCGGCUGGAGUUCCUUCUACAACGUCUGCUACUUCCAGUAACUGCAUCUCAAAUGAUAAUGCAGCCACCAGCGUGAGCAGCAUUCCCUCGGUCACCACCAACGCACCAGUCUCUGCGGCCAUGGCGACCCCGUCUUCAGACAUGUCGGUCUCCAAUGGUGUUUACACUCCUGGUGGCAUCACAAAUGGCGAUAUCAAACCUGCAAUUACUGCAACUCCUCUUGCAGAUUUUGUCAUGCAGCUGGAGGAGUACACCCCUACGAUUCCUGAUGCUGUUACAGGUUACUACCUCAACCGUGCUGGCUUUGAAGCGUCUGAUCCGAGGAUAAUCCGCCUGAUCUCCCUCGCAUCCCAAAAAUUCAUAUCUGACAUUGCCAAUGAUGCUCUGCAGUAUUGUAAAAUGAAGGGAACUGCUUCAGGAAGUUCCAGAAGCAAGACAAAGGAUAAGAAGUACACUCUAACCAUGGAGGACCUGACCCCUGCUCUGUCGGAGUACAGCGUGAAUGUGAAGAAACCAUAUUACUUCACCUAAAAAAGUCCUCGACUCACUUCCUCUCCCAACUGACCCCUUGUCAACACCUGUUCUGGUUUUGUUUGUUUUAUAAAUGUAUUUAAUCUAAGUGAUUUCAUGCGGCUUUGACAUGUUUGUUGCGACUGGCCGUUGGUUAUUUUGUUUAGCAGCCACAUUUGCAUUUGUAAAUUUAACAUGUGAAAAUAAAAACCUUAUUAACAUGAA